AUGGGAUCUCACAGCACAAACCUACAUAAGGUCACCACUCUGCUCCUCGACUGCGACAACACCCUCGUCCAGUCCGAGACGUUAGCAUUUGAGGCAUGCGCUGAUCUCACCAACGAGAUUCUCGCUGCUCGCAAUAUCGGUCUAAAUUUUACAGGCCGCCAGCUACAGCAUGAAUUUGUCGGGCAGAGCUUUCCAGCCAUGAUGCGCUCGCUGGAAGUCAAAUAUGGAGUCUCAGCCAACCUCUCCGAUUCUGAGUUGGGGCAUUACGCCCUCAUGGAAGACGACCGUGUCGUCUCCAAGCUUGUGGAGAAACUUCAGCCAUGUGAGGGAGCCAAUGCUGAGCUGGAGCGACUGGCAGCUGCUGGUAAUUAUCGACUUGCCGUCGUGUCUUCGUCCGCACUGCGCCGUGUGCGUGCGUCGCUGGAGAAGACUGAGCAGGCUAAAUUCUUCCAUUCCGAUGAUGUCUUUAGCGCUGCUGACUCGCUGUCUGUACCUGCGUCCAAGCCUGACCCAGCCGUGUACAUCCACGCUCUCAAGGUAAUGGGGAAGGAUUCCGGCGAGUGCAUUGCAGUUGAGGACAGUCGGUCUGGUGCGACUUCUGCAAAUCGGGCAGGUAUCAUCACGAUUGGAUACACCGGUGCUUGCGAGAAUGUUGACGAAGCGGAGGUACUGAGAGGGGUGCUGGAGAAGGCCGGAUGCAAGUUGAUUAUGAGCAACUGGGCAGAGUUUCCUAAUCUGCUGUAUCGUAUAGAGAGUGAGUUGAUAUGA